AUGUAUUCUCCAAGGACGCUUUCACGGCUCAACCACAACCUUCGAGGGCCUCUUCUGAGAAGAUGGGCAUCGAACUCGGUUAGAUUCUCUGUUCAUGGCAACGGCCAGAGCACAAAGGAUAGCCUCAUCCAAACUGUCAACCAGGGAAUUAAGCAAUUGAAUGCCACAAAACAGGUGGAGAACGAUGCUCUCGUCAUUCUAGCAUCCCGCCACUAUGCCUCAUGGCUGCAAGACGAGAAAUUUAUGUCGACCCUGUUAGAGCCAUUCUCAUCCACAGGUCCAAGCGAGCUGAGCGUUCUCGCCGCCGCAGUCGAUGGCCUUCACCCGGUACAGCCCCUUGGCGAGAUUCCACACGGCUUCUCAUUUUACCAUGGAUCACGCAGAUCCAUUCUGCCAAACUUAUGGCAGAGCAAUCAGUCGAGGCCGCAGCGCGAUUCAAAGUUGCAGGCGGCCAUCACCUUCCGCCUCAACUCAUUAGACCUAACUCCUUCCACUACCAACUGCACGCUACCCUUGGCCAAUACGAUUUUCCAGAACGGCCUGCAGUCAACACUUCUAGCCAGCCGCUGGCGUCGGUCAGGAGCUCGGCUGGAGCUCGCUCAGAUGACCGAGCAACAGACUCAAGAUGUUGACUUCUCCCGCGAACUCGCAACUUCGAUGACCACCAUUGAAGCGCCAUUGGUACCCAUCACUGCUCCUCGGAAGAUUCUGGCCGGCCUUGGUAACAUCAUACGACAAAUCGAAGUCGAUGGCAAAGCCACGCCAGCUUCGAAGGAGCUCGAGAUCGCCGUUCAGACGCUAUUCGAUAGGCGGUUGAAGGAGGGCCACGAAUUUCCACCAGGCCCAGUCGGUGUCUGGGCUGUUGUCAUCCCGCCUGCUACGACGCAGCUCACUGACGUGGAACGUAUGGACGAGUGGGCGAACAUGUUGAACGAAGACAGCAUGGCAGAGGAUGAGUGGAAGCAGGCAUUGGAAAUGAAGGGGCACGUACAAGGUUUCUUAGGCCACGGCGCCAGAGUCUAUCGGAUCUUGAGUGGUGGAGGCGGAUGGGGAAAGAAGCAAGGCCUUCUCUCCCUCGACCCGGAAACCAAGUAUUCGCCGUCCGAAGAAGACGACCUCGACAGCUUCAUCCGGUCUUUUUCCAGCCAACACGACGGACACGCCCAAGAAGGUGUCGUCGCUCCCGGUUCAUACGUUCAAUAUUUCGUGUCCCCUCCCGCGACCGCCAAGUCAGAACUGCCUCAGGGAGACGACACAUCUACAAGUAUCGCCUUCGGCGCCUCAGAGGCCUCUCUUGCGGAAAAUUCCCCGUCCACCGGGGGCCCGUCGGGGUGGAAAUUAAAUCCCGACCACUUCGGCGCCGUGACAAGUCACGGUCUUUUUAUUACCUCUGAGACUAACAAGUCAAUUGAUUCGAAACUCGACGCGCCAGACUCGUGGAUUGGGUACUCGAAGUGA